AGGAUAGCCCUCGGAAAGGAACAGGUCUUGGUUACGAUGCAGAUUGUGUUGAGCUUGUUUUGGUGGGAGGUUUAUACGAUAUGCAUGCUGCAUACCAGUUGUGACUUGUUGCUACGUACGUAGUGAUGGUGGGAGAAGAGUACUCAACGAGACCAAGGCUACAAUUCGCACUGUUUUGUUAUAAUCGCGUUUUCGUCACUGAGUGGGUGGGAGGGGGCGUUGAUUCGCAGAGCUGAAGAUGCUUGUCAGGGUUUUUUCUUGGUAGGUGAAAGCAUAGUUAACAAUGGCGUUGUCCAUUUCGAUGCGCGCCACCGCAGGACCGCUUUCAUCACUUCACGCUGGUGUACACCGAGCUCUCGCCCGCCUUCACCCCACGCGGCUCCAUUCUCCACAUUUCGCUCGUAUUACGACGGCCCGAUAUGGUUCCUCUGUUAAUGAUCCUUCUACCAGUUCUUCCAAGAGCGAUUUCUACGACGGCGGCCUUUCUCUUACCAGGCUUGACAGUGUGGUGGAUAGGGCUGCCAAGCGAAAGGCGAGUGUGAAGGCUAAGGUUGUUGCAAGAGCACCUCCUGUCGAUAUUCGCUCCUUUCCUUUUGCGGAGAAAGAAUUCUCUGCUCUGAAUCUCUCGAGGCGUGUGCUGCAGAGGUUGAAGCAGGAGAGGGUGGAACUCCCUACUGACGUGCAGGUAGCAGCAAUUCCCACAAUUUUGGAUGGGCAUGAUGCAGCACUCCAGUCAUACACAGGGUCGGGUAAAACUCUAGCUUAUUUGCUUCCCAUUCUCUCUCGAGUUGGGCCUCUGAGGGAGCUAUCUGAAGGGGGUAAGGCUAUCACAGAUGAAACCAUCAACAGGGGUGGUAUUGAGGCUGUUAUUGUGGUCCCUUCACGAGAAUUAGCUAUGCAGAUUGUAAGGGAGGCUGAACGCAUCUUAGGCUCUGAGUACAAAAAAGUUGUCCAGCAGUUGAUUGGGGGUGCAAAUCAGAGUCGGCAAGAGGAAGCCUUAAAGAAGAACAAACCUUGCAUAGUAGUGGGAACACCAGGAAGAAUUUCCGAGAUCAGCAAGGCUGGAAAACUCCACACGCAUGGAUGCCGGUUUUUAGUCCUCGAUGAGGCUGACCAAUUGCUUUCAAUCAAGUUUCGCAGCGACAUGCGCAGAAUACUGGAACACGUGGGCCAACGCCGAAGUGUUUCUACUGCUAUGCCCAAUUCUUUCGAAACUCCAUCAGUAUCUGAGUCCAGUACAGCAACUCAAACCAGCGAAGAAGCACCAGCAAAACCAGCGAAGAAGAGGGUGGAGCGCCAGACUCUUUUGGUCUCUGCAACAAUGCCCCAAGCAGUUUUAAGAGCGGCAGCCGUAUGGGGCCACCGGCCUCUUCUUGUUCGAGCUCAAUCCAUCAUACGGGUCGAAGAUUUUAGAGUGGAACCUUCUUCCAUUGACUCGGAGACCAAAGAAUCUACUGUUUCUCCAGAUUUACAAGGAGCGAAGGAAAGUUUACCCCCCAAUCUAGAACAUUUCUAUGUGGUGGCAUCAUUAAGACAUCAUGUUGAUAUUUUGAGGAAGAGCAUUCACGCUUUGGAAGCACGAUCUGUUAUUGUAUUUCUGAAUCAUUCUCGUCGUUUGAAAGACGUUCAGUUCAAGCUGGAAGCAAGAGGCCUUACUGCAGGCGCGCUUCAUGGCGAAUUGAGUAAAAUGGAGAGGUCCAAUAUCUUGAACUCCUUUCGUAAUGGAAAGUUGCGAGUCCUGGUAACUAGUGAAGUUGGUGCAAGAGGCUUAGAUAUUCCCACCUGCGACCUUGUUGUCAACUUAGAGCUGCCAACAGAUGGAUCCCACUAUGCACACAGGGGUGGUCGAACAGGUCGACUGGGUCGCAAAGGAACAGUUAUAUCAGUAUGUGAAGCAAGGGAAGAAUUUGUUUUGAGCAAAUUUGAACGCCAGCUUGAUAUAUCUAUCACAAGACAGGAGAUUGUCAACGGACAAAUUGUCAAGUAUGCGAAGCUAGCAAAUCCAACCUCGAAUCCAAGCCGGAGAAGCCCUGAACUUGCUGCUCCAUAAUUUGAAAUUUUGUAGUUCGCAGCCACAGAACACCAGACAAGCCCGAUGCGAAAGCACGUAUCUGCCUCAGGGAGGUCACAUACCAAUCGUCUUAUAGUUGUGUACGUGUAACCGCUGAAUCUUUAUACUCCAAUUCAUGAUGUUUUCUCAAAAAAUUAUGAAACACCAACAUUUCUUUCAGUUCCGAUUCUUUGCCAGAUAUAUCAUGACAAGCCUACCAUAUCCUGCGCUAGCUAGAAAUCUUCAGUGUCAAUGAUUUUUUUUAAACGACCGUAAUACAACAUUUUUACUUCA